AGAUUUUCCGGUGCACUGUGGACAAACGAUGCGUUUCAAGUUAGCACGAACAAGCUGACGUUUAUUGACUUGGAAGUUAAGCUAAAAGACAAGGCUACAGUGUUUAAUAGGGUGAUACUUGGGCAGGUACGCCUACAGGUCGAAUUUUUGCCUAAAACUGUCGCACGGAACCUGCUUACAAUUUGACUUGUACUGUGUUACAGUCAAACAGGAUGUUCUCUUGCGAGCAACUUUGCAAUAUUGCCCCCACAAUAUUGCAAUUUUGAUAGGCAGAUUGCUCUGAGCAAAUUGCAACCGACACGAACAAAUUGCAAGUUCGAAAUUCACAAAAGAUUUGUAAACAAAGCCUCUGAUUGGAUUAUAAGAAAGGGGGAAGCCAAUCAAAUAGUCUGAGCAACUGGAUUGGUGCUUCCCCCUUUCUUAUAGUCCAAUCAGAGGUUUUGUUUACAAAUCUUUUGUGAAUUUCAAAUUGCAAUUUGUUCGCGUCGGUUGCAAAUUGCUCAGAGCAAUCUGCCCAUCAAAAUUGCAAUAUUGUGGGAUUGCAAUAUUGCUCGCAAGAGAACAUGCGGUUUGACUGUAAUCAAGCACACAACUCACCUACGUUGUAUUAGGUUGUGUGUUUGAUUUACACAGUACAACUCAAGUUGUAAGCAGGUUGCAUGCGACAGUUUUAGGCAAAAGUUGUGUAGUGUAAAUUGGUCUUUAGUAUUCAGUUUAUAUGAGAGCAUUUACUGUGUCUAGGUGGUGCUAUAUCUUUUUUGUCCGUUUCAAGACGGCAUGCAACAUAUUUCAUUUAACUCGUUUGUCGUACCGAACGUUUUCUAGGAACAAAGAGCUCAGAUAUAUCGCGCUUUCCACGAUUGGAUUAAAGAAUGCCACGAAUCUCAUGACAAGCAAGUAUGUAUAAAUAUUUCCAGUGUAAUUAGCGUUGACGUUUUUUAAUAGUUUCCAUGUAUGUACUUGUCAUAGUUUAGGACACAGUAACUAAAAUUUUUCAGUAAAAUUACUCAAAUUUAUGAACAAAUUUACCCAAUUGUUUGAAUAAAGUUUCUCUAAUAUAUUCAAUGUAUCUCUGACUGUGUUUUGUAUCGUUACUUUCUAGGUGAAGUUUUCCAACUUCAAAGGCACGGUAAAACGUACAGAGUUCGCCCAGAAACACCGUCAAACUCCGUGGGGGGCAUUUAACAGCAUUGAAUGGGAUGGCAAGAUAUUUAAAGUUGGAAACAUGGUAAGAUUCGUUCUCAAACAUCAUCAUCGCCAUCAUUAUCACUAUCAUGAUCAUCGUGAUUAUCGUGAUUAUCGUGAUCAUCAUGAUCACCAUUAUGAUCAUCAUGAUCAUGAUCGUCAUCAUCAUCAUGAUCAUUAUCAUUAUCAUCAUUAUCAUCGUUAUCAUCAUGAUCAUCGCUUAUCAUUAUAAUGAUGAUCAUCAUCACCAUCUCGUUUGUCCUCUUUCUCGUUUCUGAUUCCCUACGCUCCACAGCCCAUCUGACAAACUCCUUUUCCUCCAUUCGCUUCACGGGGCCAUACCAUCUUACUCUACUUUCUCCUAUCUUCUCUCUGAGUUCCACCACAUUCAAUUCCUUCCUUAUGUCUUGUUGAAUCCAUAUCCAACCCAGGAUCAUAACGGUAUUAAUGCAGACAACCCUGGUUAUGGCUUAUGUCAAUUUGUUUGUAGUAAAAUGCGAAAUUUCACACAAGUGUGUAAAUUCAGAUCACCAUUUACAAAAUCUAUCCCUUAGGUUUCAAUUCUAUUUUAGAUCAAAACGCAACGUAGUAUUCCCACUGUGUGUGGAACGAUUCAGAGAUUUCUGUUGUACGGAGAUUACGAAGGCGAUGUCUUUGCUACGGGAGGCGAAAUGGAGAUCAUCCAGGUAGUAAUAAUCAUAUUUAACAUUUAUACAGGAACCCUAAUCUGUUAUGGUUACAACUGUUAUCAACAAGGGUGCUAUUUUUAUUUCCUAAUUAAUGGAAGUAGUAAGGCUUCGUUGCUUUGGUGUUGAUCAAAGUUGCUACAUCCUUGUUAGUUUCUUUACGGCCAGAACAGUGUAUGAUAUGUCUUUGUUAAUUUGAAAGUAUAGACCUAUGUGUCGCCUGUGACUGGAAGGCAGGGAUUUCAUUCCUUUCUGGGAUUUUCACGCCCCUCAAUCUAGUUUAAAACAAGUCAGUUGAGUUAUCGACCUAUUUAACAGGUUGUCAGCAAUGCGUUGAAAAUUUGUCGAAAGGUUAGCGAGUCUACUGCAAUGCUACAGUAUAAUGAACAAGCUUUCGUUGCUAGGGAUGCAACUACCUGAAAAAUAUAAGGAGAAUUUCGACGUUUCGAGCGAAGGCCCUUUGUCUGGAGUUUCUAGCGACUCCAGACGCUAGUACUGUAACUCCAGACGAAGAGCCUUCGCUCGAAACGUCGAAAUUCUCCUUAUAUUUUUCAGGUAGUUCCAUCCCUAUCAACGAAAGCUGGUUCAUAUUAUUGACUCUACCUACACUGGUACAGACAGUUCGAGAUUUUAACGCUAUAACCGUACUAUAGUUGUAUCCAUGACAGUUUGGAAAUUUUCUAUGUUCGACGGUAUUCACGGACACUGUAUACCUAUUGAGAACCAAAACCACUCUAUUGUUUUAGGAACCAAAAUCUCUGUAUGGGGACAAAAGAGUCUUUCCACUUGCCAAGUUGGAUCGAAAUACUACGCCUGAUGGCUUGAAGAAAUUCAUCGCAGAGGAAGAGGCCAAGUAGGUUGCUGUAGACUUAAAUUCUUGAGCGUUUUUACCCCGGGUAAAAAAAAGGUUGGUAGUGCACCUAACACCAACCUCGUUACACCCACACAUUCCAUAUCACCUCUCCGCUUGUCACAUAAUUAUUUUAAUAAGCCGGUGACGGGAACAUCACACCUUCAUAUAUCCUCUAUUUUAUUCCUAGACUUCCAAGUAAACUGUUAAUCGAGUGGCCAAAUGGAGAUGAGAUGAUUCAAAACUCCAAAGUUCCCGCUGGAUCAACAAUUGGUAAGAAAUAUAUUCUGUGUGUCACUCUCUGAGAAUUCUGGUUUCUCAACGUUUGGUCACACUGACCGGCGUGCUUACCUACGUAUCUUAUCGUUCAUUGUUUUCAGGUGACAUCAAGGUAGAUAUUCUGAAUGGCAAGGGAGAAUCGAUCAGUAAACUCCCAGGUGAUCGAGGGAAACGACUGCUUGUUGAAAUGAAGGUCAUUUGGCAUGGUGAGUGUCUAUCGUGUACGCCAUACUAUUGUAUACCAUAAAAUAUCAUACCAUACCAUUUCAUACUAUACUACACUGUACCAUACCAUCAUACAUACCAUACCAUACCAUACCAUGCCAUAUUAUGCCAUACCAUACCAUUUCAUACUAUACUGUACUAUACCAUACCAUACCAUAAUACCCAUACCAUACCAUGCAGUACCAUACCACACAGUACCAUAUGACACAAUCUUCUGUUUCCCUAGACAAGGAAGGUGAUAAAAUCAUCACACAACAUGUCUGUCAACAUGGAGGCAAAAGUUGCAUACCAUACCAUACCAUACCAUACCAUGCAGUACCAUACCACACAGUACCAUAUGACACAAUCUUCUGUUUCCCUAGACAAGGAAGGUGAUAAAAUCAUCACACAACAUGUCUGUCAACAUGGAGGCAAAAGUUGGCCGUACUGGUUCAGAAAAUUCGGUAAAGGCAUUCAUAUAUACGAAGCAUUCAACUGACUCUUGCACCUAAAACACAAAAAUCGUGAACCAUUCCUUGACGGUAUUAUUCGUAUUUCUUAUAUUUUCCAGCAAACAUCACAUGUCUUGGUUCUCAUUCUCUUACCCUUCAAGUGAUUGCCAGUGACAGCAUGACCAACCUCCCGCCAAGCAGCUUUCCAAAAAACAAGAUCAAGUUCACUGUUACAGGUAUUGUACGAGUAAGCUACGGUGACACUAUACUGAGGCCGGUUGUUCAAAGAUGAAUUAGCGCUAACCCUGGGUUAAAAUUUAACCUGCUGCUUUACAGUAGUUUAUGUACUUCUGCACGUCUGUUUAUUUCAAAACUUCAGAGAAGAAAACUGCUACCGAGUCAGACAAGAUUUCCGAAGAAAUAUUUCCAAACUUAUAAGAUUUCUGAUUCCAAAGGUCGUAGAUUCGAUUCCCACCGUUGCCAGGCAUAUCUUUCAAGCUUGCCCGGUGUGGAUAAUACACUCAGAGUGACAUCACAAGCAUCAUAUUCACCUGAGUACAUUACACCAACAUAGAAAAAAAAGCAUUUUUAGGUUAACCUAGGGUUAAAAUACAAAACCAUAUAGAUACUCCGAAAAUUGAAAGCAUUUUGAAAAAUAAAUAAAAAGAAAGCAUUUUGAAAUAAAUUUUUGCUUUCAAUUUUCGGAGUAUCUAUUGUUUUGUAUUUUAUCAAAAUACUCAGUGGUUCCCGUAAUUCCUAGGGUUAAGCUAUCCAGCUUUGAAAAACUGGCCCUUAGAUAGGUUUCCGUAGCGGCGCGAAAAAGCACCUGUCCGAUACGGAAUGUACAACUUUCAGAAGCUGAGCGAAACAACAUCUCUCCGUUGCAAUAAUUCCUCCGAAAAUAGCGUUCCUAAAAGGUACGGAUGGUUUCUUUUCACGUCGCUACGGAAAGCUAUCUGGUAUAGUAUAAACGUGGCCUAAGGUUUUCAAGGACCGCUAAUUUUUUUAAGUAUUUAAAUACAAGGCCGCAAAUUAUAUACGAAUUCCGAACUUGCUUCUAACGAAUACUUCCUCGACCAUGCUAUAUUUACAGAGGGCGACCCUGAGAAGUUUACUAUUGGAGUACUCGACAUCCCUUUACGUAUUGCAUCGCCUUUCCAGGUGAGGUUUUUGUUAUGCUCUUCAUCCUGUCCGUAUAAAACAGUCGGUUUUGUGUCCAUCUUUACGUAUAUAUUUAUAGAAACCAACAUCGGGUUGUUACAGGCAGGGGCGUAGACAUGUGGAUCUCCUCCCUCCCACUCUUCUUCUGGACCAGUAGACUUGCUGUCAGGUUGCAUUGAUACUGUUAACUCCUAUAGCUUGUUGUAUUUUCAACUUGUUUACAAGAUUGCUCCAAGCCUGUAGCUAGCAUGUUGUGUUGACAAAUGUUCUCUGCUGAUGUGACUGUUUUUUUUUUUAGAUCCCAUUAAACCUUCAGGAUAAUUUUGGCAACCCCACGAAACCAUCGGGCAAAUUCGAUGCUGAUUUAACGUCCAGGUAAAGAAGUACACGAGGACGUCAAUGGACCAUUUGCAUUAUAGACUAAAAUUUGAUCUCAACAAGUCUAGACAAAAAUUUCAUCACAGCUUGAAAGAGCAUCACAAAAUUAGUAAUAUUCCAAAGUUUCGUUGCGAAGUGUUGUAAAAUGCGGAUAAUAUAGCCUUGCGAAGUUUGCCGUUUUCAGUCAUUUUGUAUUACAAACGGGAAAUUCACAGCCCCAAAGAGCCCGAUCGGGUGUUGGGGCAUCAAUUUCCCGUUUGUAACACAAAAUGACUGAAAAUUGCAAAUUUCGCAGGGCUAUAUUAUCCGCAUUUUACAACAUUUCGCAACGAAACUUCGGAAUAUUACUAAUUUUGGGAUGCUCUUUCAAGCUGUGAUGAAAUUUUUGUCUAGACUUGUUUAGAUCAAAUUUUAGUCUAUAAUGCAAAUGGUCCAUUGAUUCAUAUGGUGAACGUAUUUCCGAUGGUGAACAUAUUUCCGUUAAAUUGCAGUUAAUAUUUUGUUAUUGCAAUUUGCUUUCGUUUUAGUGGUUUAGAAAUCACGCAUGAAGGAAUACAAACUAAAGGAAACGCCUUGAUAAUCAAAGAAGUCACAGUGCUUGGAAAUGUCCCAUCUCAUACGGGCAAGGUAGGCUAGAAGAAGAAAAUAAUAGGCAAUUCCCAUUGUAGACUUAUUUUUUAUCUUGGGCCAAAAAAAAAAAUGUGGGUUUCCGGUUUCUUCUUAUAAAAACUUAGGUAGGGUAGGUCGGUUUUAACUUUUUUUUUAAAACUUUUUUUUAAUUUUCCGAACAAGCGGACGCCAUUUUGCUUAGUCAGUGCUUCCACAUCCAAAGAUAAAUUUCCCUAAUAUUGCCUCAAAUUUCAAUUUUCCACAAACUUUUUCCUCUAAGUGGAAACACUUACAAGCAUGAUCCAACAAAAAAGUUUAGGGUCGGGAUUUCGACGUCCAAAAGCUAGGUAGGGUCGGGAAACCGGAAACCCACAUAUUUUUUUUGGCCUUGACAAAAAAGUAUAUUCCAGGAAAGAGCAUACUAAAAUGAGUACAAUUGCAAACUUUGGUUGCGAAAUGUUUGUAAAAUGCGGAAAAUAUAUAGCCUUGCAAAGUUCGCAAAUUUUGUAUACUUUUGUAUUGCGUGCGGAAAUUCCUACCACAUUUGGGCCGAAAAUGGUAGCAAUUUCCGCACGCAAUACAAAAGUAUACAAAACUUGCAAAGUUUGCAUGGCUAUGUUUUCCGCAUUUUACAACAUUUCGCAACCAAACUUGGCAAUUGUACUCAUUUUAGUAUGCUCUUUCUAGCUGUGGUGAUUUAUUUGCAUAUCCUUGUCUAAUUUUAAAAUUAGUCUAUAAUGGAAUUUAUCUAUUAACAGUUAUUCUGCAAACUCGAGGCGUAUAUGGGAUGAUAGCUGACGAGGUGCCUAGCACCGAGCAUCAACCAUAUAUACGACAACAGUGAGUAGAAUAACUAUAAAAGUAUACACCCCGUUUUGUUUCAGGAUUUCAAUAUAAAAGUGAGUCUUUCUGGAAUAGAUGAUCAACAGACACUUAAAAUCCGGCUGCAUCCAGGUACGUGAAGGAAAAAGUGUUUAAACGCAAGAGUAUACAAUUUCCUGGUUGAUACGUCAUCCUAUUUGGUACGCAUGCAAUCUGCUUACACAACUUGAGUUGCACUGUGGAAAUCAACAUACAACUCGUCUACGUUGUCGAAUUGUGUGCUUGAUUUACACAGUGCAACUCAAGUUGUAAGCAGGUUGCAUGCGACAGUUUUAGGCAAAAGUUGUGUAGUGUAAAUCGGUUUUUAAAACAACCAGACUAUGGUUGGUGGAUAUAUAACCCUGGUUAUGGAUUUAUAACCCUGGUUAUGGAUAUAUAAACCCUGGUUAUGGACAUUUAACCUUGGUUAUGGAUAUAUAACCCUGGUUAUGGUUAUAUAACCCUGGUUAUGGAUAUAUAUAACCCUGGUUAUGGAUAUAUAUAACCCUGGUUAUGGAUAUAUAACCCUGGUGAUAUGUAACCCUGGUUAUAUCAGGGUACCUGGUUUAUCCAGCUAACUCUGUUUUAUUGUAGGUCCGCCCAACGCCAUUGUUACGGUUCCUUCUGAUGAACAAAUUGAAAUAGAAAACGGUAAACCGCUGUCACUGUCUGUGCAGGUCAAAGACAAAGCAGGAAACUUAACUGUACAACCCAAGCUUAAUGUUGUCUGCAAGGUAACUGUUCGUGUAUAUCAUUUUAUUACAUAGCUCACGUUUUUACCCUACUCUAGAAAAAGGCUCUGGUCAACCCUGGCUGAACCCACGAUUGUGCAUUUGCGCCUGAAAAUAAAUUUUGUAUUGACCCAAACAAGAUUUCUGAAAAACAUUUUCAACGAUCAGCUAGCUGGCCCCAGUGGUGUUUAAUCGUGCCAUCUUGGGUAUUGAGAUGUUCCUGUUACAACUACGCUUAUCAGGGAUAAUAUUUUGCUCUAUCAGUUGACAGGUACGUCUGGUUUACCCACAUAUCUUGGCGACUGUAGUACCUCUGGAAAAGCCUCGCUGACUGGUGGCAAUGUCGUUAUCAACAACCUCGUUAAACCUACCAAACUGAAAGCCAAGAUUGAGUUGCAGGUAAAUAUUUCUUUUUGUUUUCAACGUGCUCUCGGGUUUAAUAAAUGACGUCAUUUUCACAUGUUUUUGAGGUGACAUUAUGCAUUUUUUGUGGAUGACGUCAUUUUUGUGGACGACGUCAUCUUUGUGCAUGACGUCAUGUUUUGUAAAUGACGUCAUAUUUUAGAGCGCUGGUACCAGAAAUCUUGUGUUCGAUUCCAAUCUCUUGCCCCAAGCCUGCGACAAACACCUUAUAAUACAAUCACAAUGAGGGCAACAAACCACCUUAUAAUAGUCUUUGUGCAUGACGUCAUGUUUUGUAAAUGACGUCAUAUUUUAGAGCGCUGGUACCAGAAAUCUUGUGUUCGAUUCCAAUCUCUUGCCCCAAGCCUGCGACAAACACCUUAUAAUACAAUCACAAUGAGGGCAACAAACCACCUUAUAAUACAAUCACAAUGAGGGCAACAAACCACCUUAUAAUACAAUCACGUGAUUAUUUCCAGCAUUUCAAAGACAUAACAGCGAUUGAGAAAGUGAUCAUGGUCAACCCCAGUUCUCGCGCGGCAGCUAUUGAAGUACACUGUACAAGACCCGGCGGGGAGAAAGGAAUAAAGCUGAGUAAUGAAGAUGAACUCUCGUGUGUGGCUGGAGAAACAAUCACAGGACUAAGUACGAGCUUUAUUUAACACUCUGUUUUUAUACAUAUUGCCUCCUAUACAUAUGUCUGAAUGUCGCGGGUCAACUCCCCCCCCCCCCCAUUCUCGUACCCACAGCCCUUCUUACGCGCGGUGCGACGAGUGGCUCUGGCCAAAUCCAUAACCGGAUACCAUAAAAACAUGGUAAGAAAACAAUAUCCGGUGUUAGAACUAGCCAAUCAGAUGCCAGUUCGAAAUAUGGAUUUGGCCAGAGCCCCUCGUCGCACCGCGCGUAAGAAGGGCUCUGGGUACGAGAAUGCUCCACCCCCCCCCAAUUUCAUUAAACUGCCGUGUCCUAGUUACCACUCUUCUGAUAAUGUAAGUAUAGAAUGAAACAAAAAUGACCAAGCAUAUUUACGUUCUAUGUGUGAGUGAAUUGAUAAGUCUCAUGCCUAGUUACCACAGUUCUGAUAAUGUAGGCAUAGAAUGGAACGAAGAUAACCAAGUAUUUAAAUUAUAUAUGUGAGUGAAUUGAUAACUCGCAUGCCUAGUUACCACUGUUCUGAUAAUGUAAGCAUAGAAUGGACAAAAGUAACCAAGCAUUUAAUUUUUUAGGCUUUAAGAUAUUUGAUGAGGGGAAAAGACAAUUGACAAUCGACAAUGCUUUGGCUGCAAAAAUUAAGGUAAUGUUUCUUGGUAAUUGACGGAUUCCUUGCAUCGUGUGUUCUAGUGCUCAUUAUUUAUUAACUAAAUAAUUCUACUGUUAGGUCAACUGGAUGAACAAAGUUAGUCGUGAUAUCAUCAAACAAGGAUUACUGCCAGACAUCAAGGUAAUAUAAGUAAAUCUCGUACCCUUCUGGGCUCUAUAGGUCUUGUGUGGUACAUACAUUCAGUUUAGGAGUUUUUAUUACUAAAUUAUUAAAGAGCAUUCUUUCAGGAUGUUGAGCAGCUGAUUCAAUAGGGUUCUGUACCGGGUGUCCCAAAAAAAAAAACUGGGACACUAUUUGAUUUCAUGUAACGUAAAAGCUAUAAAAGCUAUCGCAAUGAAAUGAUAAAGAUCAUUGCAUUCAGAAAGAACUGACUAGCAUUCUUUCAACCAUAUAUAUAUACGAGGUAUUUGUUAUUGUUCACCAGGCUCCAAAUACAGCGAACGAUACGAAAUUUUGUCAAGUUUCACUUGGUGCUGCCUUGGGAGUGGAAUUCUCUUUUACCCUUAUGUAA